AGCCCUGCCCCUGAAACAGGAACUGACGCAGCAAGACAAAGUCCACGAAUUACAAACCUGCUAAGGAACGCUCUAGAAUUCGCACUAUAUGACCUGUACUGGAAGACAACGUUGCAGAUUCUUCGCCUCGUCCGCAGCCCCUAUGAAUACGCAAUCCUCUCGCUUUCUGGGUCAUCGUGGAGCCAAUAAGGCACGAGUGGGUUGUCAAACUUGUCCAGCGUUGUGUGCUCGAACUCUACCUCAUACAUCCAGUGAUGGUGACAGCGGACAGCUCGUCUCGGAUGGUGAUGGCUUCCGUCAUUCUCGGUUGACAGCAGCAGGCCGAGGACGCUACUCUAGAAAAGAAGCUUCAAGGAUGAGCAAUCGGCAGCAUUCAGGAUGCCACCUACCGACCUCGCGCCAAGAUGGGAUCGGCCGUCGCUGCACGAAACGCCCCUCAUAUUCACCAAUGAGAUAUCAUACAAAUACCCGCUAACAUAAGGCGCCGCGUCGACAUUGCUUGGCGCCAAGGAACCGAAGUUUUGGCGAUAUCGCGCCGGGAGAUAUUCCACGAGGCAUUCAACUUUAUUGUUAUGGUUAUUUGCUACCAUGAGACAUGGCAUUCCGCUUUCACUA